AUGCCCACCCAUCACCCACAAAAACUACCACUCGCCACCAACAUCACCACCUACCAACACCAUAACCCACCAUCACCACCACCCCCACUUACCUCCAUCACCCAUCAGUACAACCCACCAACACCACCCAUCACUACCCUCCACCACCACCCCUCACCACCAUCCGUCACCACCACCACCUCCACCCACCACCUACUACCACGUGUCACCACCACCACCACCAUCUAUCCAUCUCUGGCACCCAUCACCACUAUCCGCCAUCACCACCCAUUCCCACCAUCCACCACUUCCACUAACCAUCACCCACUACCCAGCACCACCCAUCACCACUACCCACUAUCGCCAACCACCACCCACCACCAGCACCGUCAUCAUCCGCUACUUACCACCACAAACCACCACCGCCAUCCAUCACGACCACCACCAAACAUCACCACACGAGACCGCCACUCACCAUCACUACACGCCACGACUCAACCACCAACACCACUACAACCUAGCACCCCAUCUGCCACCCCCACCACCUUCACCACCGCCACCACCCAUAACAAACACCCACCACCACCCACAGCCACUACAAACCAAAUAUCACCCACCACUCGUCACCCACCACCCAUCGCCUACCACCAGUCACCACUAACCGCCACCACCACCCAUCACCAUCAUCGCCUAACUCCACCAAUAAAAGCCGCCACCACACACCACCACACAUCUCCACCGCAUGACCACCACUUACUACCUACAACCUACAACACUAUAUGUGAUUAA